AUGGACCACCAGUGUUCAGAUCUCGAAGUUGUUCACACAAACGAUGCGGAAUUAGAAGUCGAUCAUUCCAACGAGGCUGGAUUAGAAGCAGCUCCUUCGCAUGGGAAAGCUGAGAGUCUGGCAACAGAAAAUUUACAGCCUUAUCACCCAAAUGUGCCGCACGGUAGCGCCAGAUGGGGCCUUCUGCCUUACCAUCCAGGAGUUUCAUUAUCGAGCGAGAACGAUGGCCCUAUUCCUGUGGACAAAAGGUCAAAUCAGGCUCCGAGAAGGAAGCGAGGGCAAGAUGAACAGCACGAUUCGGAUGCGUCGCCAGCACCAACCCAAAAAGGACGGUUGGACGCUUCUCCAACAACUCCAAGCCCAGACAUGCCAACGUUACCAACUAGCCAUUUCGUAAUGCCAUUAAAUCAGACGCAGCAGAUCAAUACUUGCGUAACAAAUGAUACGCUGAGCGCCACGUGGGAGUGCAUUGGCUUCAUGAAACAAGGCAUUGAUCUAUUCGACUCGACAACUUCGGCUGCAAGGAUAAUCUUUGACGAUUACUCUGUAAGGCCGGCGUUUUGGCGGUAUGGCCCACAACCACCUGAUUUCAAUCGAGCUCUGGGCCCGAUGCCAACGGGACUGCGAUAG